AUGCGGAAUGUUCAGCUUUCCCUGCUGAUCCUGACCGCAGCAGGUCUUGUGGGUGAGGCUAGCGACUCGAGCGAAGUAGAUCAGCAUGCAGAGAAUGUCGACAGGGCGAUGCCAAGCCAGCCUACCCACAUGAUGCGAAGAACCGGGUCGAGGCAGAUGCCAGAAGUGACCGUCUUCAGCGUCGAUGCUGCAGCUCACCCUCAGCAUGUUGCAGAUGACAUUGGCGACACGUCGCAGCCUCGCCGAGACGUGCAGAUGAUCGCCCACUCCAUGCUCACGGUACUCACUCUGAGCACAAACAGGCAGGGCAACAUCAACCCCUGCUCCCGAAGGGACUGGCGCCGAGCUCAGAUGGAGAAAAAGCUGUGGACAGCAGCCUUUGGCUUGGAAUUUCAAUUGCAAACAGCAGUCGGUUCCAUGAAAUCCGCAGCCAUCCGCAGGGAAAGAAGUGAAGCUGGGCUCAGCAGCAGUGGUGGGGUUGAGUCGAAAGCCUUCGCAGAGCAGCUGAUCUCACAGGAGCGCGAGAAGCUCUGCCCUGGGCUUCCGAGCCGCGUCUCCUUGGAGAUCCAGGCGGCCAACGCCAAAAUCGCCGAGGAGGUAACUUUUGUCUUCCGCGUGAAGCUGACCACGGAAGACCAUGGCAUUCCGAACCAGGCCAAGGAGAUCUUACGAACAGGCAUUGAGGUGGAAUGGAAGGAGAGCUCUGCCGGCACGACGAACGACGAGCAGUCUGCGCUUGCUCGAGCGGAAGACGAACUGUUGGAAAAAAACUCGGAGUGGGAUCCCAUCUCCCGCGGUGCAAAGCUGAUUCUCCCACUUGCUGCGUGCGAUCUCAUGAACGAGACUUUCUCGCUGAUGUGCAAACGUGGCAAGAAGAUUCAUGCUGACGGCAGCUCUGCCUCCCUUAGCGAGCAAGAGAACUUCGCCAGUGAAGAAAAUCAAGUCGAAGCUUCUCUUCGGCAGAUCCGUGAACUUUAUCUCAGCCUGCCUGGUGGCCUUGGUGUCAUUGUCGACGAGGAGCGGAAGGCAUAUGCAGUGGGGCUGAAGCGUCAGGAGCACCUGGCAGCUCGGGACCCGCACCGCAGGUCUUUGAUGCAGACAGGAUCAGUGAACACGGCCUUUCCCUCGAGCUUCAGCUGGCUGCGCGAGAGGCCGCAGUGUCUAGACUACGUUCACAACCAGGGCGACUGUGGAGCCUGCUACAUGUUUGCUGCUUUGGAUUCUCUGUCGGACCGUCACUGCAUCGAUGCAACAAAUGCUUCACGACUUGGCAAAGUUGAUCAUCUGUCUGUGCAGAUGGCAUUGCUCUGCGAACCUUUAGGCCGCCAGUGUUCGGGCGGCUGGGCAGACGUCGGCUUCAACUACUCUGUGUAUUUUGGCCUGCAGACGGCUUCGAAGUGGCCGUACGAACGGAGCUGCCUGUCAGACUCCGAGUGCCAGUUCGGGAAGCAGUGCUUUUCCCCCUCUAGCUAUGGAUGUCCAAGCUUCUUCUCGCAGGAAGAGCUGGACGGAAUUUCCACCUUCAGCGAUGCUUUGCGAGUGACGAAGCGCAAGUGCGAGACUUCGCAACUUGAAGAUCCUGACAACUGCAAGGUUUGGGCAGAAACCAUGUUUGCCAUGUCGCCAACGAUGGUCUUCAUGCCUGAGAGCUGCUUCUGCUCAGAGCUCGUGGCGGACUGGGAGACGUUUCAUGCCAACAAGAACGCGCCCUGUCAUAGCCAUGGUGAUGGCAGCGGAGUUCCAACGAUUCUGCUCCAGGAGCAUCGCCGUGAGGACGAUGACGACGAGGAGAACAGUGGGUUCAAUUUCUUCCAUUGGCUUUCCAGCCUCUUCUUUGGAAGUCCAGAGGAAAAAACAUCUCAGGACAGCACAACCCAAGGCUGGAACUCCGACAUCCCAGGCGGUUCAUGGAGUUCGAACUCCAAGUCUGCUUCUUCGGUCACCCUGACAACGACUACAGUGGAGCAGUGCAGCAGGGAUCGAUGCUUGGCAGAGCCGCAACCGCACAAAGCAACGAGGUACCACUACAUCGUCAACCAGAAGGAUGUUUUCAAAAUGGAAAUCUACAACGAUGGCCCUUUUUACACCAGCUACUAUGUCUACGAGGACUUUACCUGGUUCUUCCAGUUCUGGCCUGAGCAUGGCUACAACUACCAAUGGGGUGCCAUGCAGGGUGGCCAUGCCGUCGUCCUCAUCGGCUGGGAAAGCAGCUGUCAUUACCACGGGGACAAGAUCGCCAUCCCGGGAGAUAACGAUCCUGUCCAGCGAAGCCCUGGCUCCAGCCGCCGUAGGCAAAGCACCGGCGAGUGUUGGCACUUACGCAACACCUGGGGUGACGAGUGGGGCGACAAGGGGUACUUCCGGUUCUUAGAUGACAUGCUGACUGGCCUGACACCUAGACCCCCCGGCUAUCAUCUCCAUAUCGCUUCAGCGGCAGCAGAUGGUCCCAAGAGCGUGGAGACUGUGAUCUGA